UGACGGGCUCAGUGGACUCUCCCAGAGCCCAGUCACUGGGAGUGUUCUCUGGUGGUGCAGUGAAAAUUCCUCCACUUUGCAGGCGUGACUAGGUUCAUUUUCUCCAAGUCUUUCCGGCCAUGUCCCUCUUCGCUCCUUCCCUCAAAGCCAUUGCCUCCCAUCAGGAUCAGCUCUCCUUCUUCUAACAAUAAUAAAAUGUACAGCAUGGAGAAAGAGAACAAGGACAUUGGCACUGGCUAUGAUAAUGACAGUAGAAAACACCAGGAGCAGAGUUCAGAAGAAAAAUGUUAUAAGGCUUCCUUGCUGUAUUCCAGUGGAGGGGAUAUGAAGAAGGGGUCAUUGGGACCACCUCUGAUCCCCCCCAUAGGCAAAGCAGUAAGUCCCUCUCUUGGCAGUGCUGUGAGCUCUCUGCAAAUCUCUCCGCAGCUGGAAUCCCAGGAGUCCCAGGAGAUGAGGCCAAGAUCCAGCAGCAGAAGCAAGGAGGAGAACUCUGAACAUGCAGGUCUCCCACUGAGCCAGGCCAAGGAGAUGGAUCAUCACACCGAUCCUGGUCUUACGCGUGACACAGACCUGAGGGAAGGUUUUGGAAAGAUCCGUGCUGCAUUGUGCAUGUUGGCUCAAAAGAACUUAGAGCGGAAGGAUGCAGAGCUUUUGGAGAGAGACAUGAAGAAAAGGAGGCAAAGGAAAACAUCCUUGCAGCCCAUUCUGGAGACAGUUGAGCCCAGGGAUGAAGCUGAAGCAAGCUUUAGCCUCCCACCUGUUGAUGGCACAGCUUCUAGAGUGCAGAGAAAACAGCCUGGUAGUGCCUUGAAGAAGAAGGUCUUGAAGAAGCAGGACAAUGUGUCCUUACUGCCCAAUAGGCCCAUCAUCCAUGGGGAUGGCAGCUUCCCACACAGCUCCUCAGUGACCUCGCAGACGGCCACUGGUGCCCAGCGCCGAGAGGAGCCGCUCCGUGGGCAUGGGCAGAAGGACAGAGCCUCUCCAGACCCACAGCACUCCUUGCUGGAGGCACUCUCCUUGCUCGGCAGCGAUGACUGGUAA